CGCAAGUGACCGCGCCGCCAUUGUUUGGAUAGAUAGAUUGUGAGUGGAGGGAGCAGAGCACUCCAUCUCCCGCUCGCAAUGUCGUCCGAUUUCGACGAAGACCAGGACGUCCCUUAUGCACAUCCACGAGACGGGCCCCCUCUGCUGGACAGAGCCGACAUGGUGCGGUUCAGGUGGCACGCCAGCGACAGGGCGCCACUGCACGAGAACCGGCAGCAGGUGCUGCUGGAGGUCCACGACGCGUCCUCCUCCGCCGCCGGCGACCGCCUCGGGAUAGACCUCGUCGCCGUCCUGGACGUCAGCAAGAGCAUGAGGAAGAAGGACCGGCUGGGCAAGAUGAAGACCGCCAUGCACUUCGUCAUCAACAAGCUCGGGCCCAAGGACCGCCUCUCCAUCGUCAAGUUCUCCGAGGAGGCCGAGAGGCUGUGCCCGCUGCUCUCCGUCACCCCCGAUAACAAGCCACACCUCAUGGAUAUCGUCGACGGCCUGCAAGUCAUCGACCCAACCAACAUAAGAGACGGCCUCGAGACCGCCCUCGGAGUCCUCGGCCGCCGACGCAUCUCCGGCGGCCGCGUCGCCAGCAUCUUUCUCUUGUCUGACGGGGACGAGAACAUAGGCCAUGCUACGAACGUUGAUGUCAGCGAUGUGCCGGUCUACACCUUUGGUUUUGGUACUGACUUCGAUCCCAAGGUGCUGGACGAGAUCGCAAGGAGGAGCAAAGGAGGAACGUUCAACUUCGUAGAUGAUGGGGAGAACAUGACCGAGCCCUUCUCGCAGAUCCUAGGUGGCCUCCUGAGCAUCGUCGUCCAGGACCUCAAGCUCAUCGUGUCCCCACAGCCAGGCGACUCCAUACUAGAGGACGUGGACUCCCGUCUCUACCAGCAAACACGGGACGACAACUCCGGCGCGGUAAUCGUCCAUUUCGGCGAUCUCUUCGCCGGAGAAAUACGCAGGGUUAUCGCCCACAUCCGUCUCCCUGCCGUCGGCCAGAAGAAGAACGCCACUGCCAUCAUCGCCCAGUGCUCAUAUAGUGUCCGGGGACAGCCUUUCUACUCCCGUAGACUGCCGGUCCCUAUGCGCCGGACCCCAACUGGAUCGGCUGACCCGAGCCGCACGAUGCCGGUGGCCCUGAGGACCGAGCGAGCCCGCCGGCACCACGUAACCUUCCUAGACGAGGUGCGUACGAUGGCGGACGGCGAUGACCUCCACGGCGCCCAAGGGAAGCUGGUGGAGGCCAGGAACGAUCUUGCACAUGAGCAGUCCAACCCCAUGAUCGACUUCCUCAGGGCCACGCUGGAUAAGCUCCUGGGGCUGAUCACGUCGCCGGGUCAACACGCCGGCUUCCGCGCCUACCUGCGGUCGCUCAGGACGUCGCAUGACCGCGAGCGCGUCGCGGCCACGGGCGAUGUCAAGGGCGUCAGGCUCUUCGAGACGCGGCACACGAGCGCGUUCCGGGGGCAGGCCAAGCGGUUUGAGAAGCAGGCCACCAUGGGGCACCGGCCGCCGGCCCACCACGACUCCAACUUCAACGAGGAGGACGACGACACGAAUAGACUCAGAGAAAGAGAAGAGGGCCGCACGCGCAUGGAGAGGCCGGUCGCGGUGGAGGCGAGGGGUGGGCCAUGGAAGACCUGGUGGGGGGACGACGACAAGGGAGGGUGGCGCCGCAGGAGCUCCGCCAGGUCCACGUCCGCGUGCGCCUGGGUGCUGUGCAUCCUGUGCGUGCUGCUCGUCAUCGGCGCCAUCGUCCUCGGUGUCCUGCUGUUCGCCGUCUACAACCACAAGAUGCCGUACCUGGCGGUCGCCGACGCGCAGCUGGGGGCGCUCCAAUACGCGGGCAAAGACGGCACCGUCCAGAACCUUCAGCUCUCCAUCGCCUUCCUGGCCAUCAACAAGGACUCCAGGGCGGACGCCUCUUUCUCCCGCGUCAACCUCGCCCUCAAGCUCCAAGGAGUCGACAUGCUUCUCUUCCGUGCGCCGCCGUUCGUGGUGCCACCGGAUAGUUCCAUGCCGCUGCAGUACAACGACGUGGUGUCCACGGGGCGGAGGCUGGACAAGGCCGGGAUGCGGUCCAUGGACAAGUCGCUCAACGCCGGCGUGGUGCCGUUCGAUCUGCACGGCAAGGUGCGCACGCGCGGGAACACGGGCAUCUUCCAAAACACCAAGUUUUGGACGCGCUUCUCGUGCCGUCUACACUUCUUCUUCCCCGGUAAUGGCACCGUCAUACCCGCCGACCGCCGCAGUUGCCGCUCCAGGUGGCCGUAGCACUCAGAUUCUGCCACGCUUCCACUUGCAUGAAGCAAAACACAUGUAUAUAUGCCCCAGCUGCAAGAGCCAACUCAGUUAACCUAGCAUGCGUUAAAUACAUUAAUAAAUUAGUACUACUUUAACCUAGCACACUUAAAUACAUUAAUAAAUUAAUUAGUACUUCCUCCGUCCCAUACUAUAAGGGCAUCGCAACCCAGAAAUUUCCUUCAACCAUAGCCACAUACAUUUCAAACUAUUUUUCAACAAACCAGAUGAAGUUCGUGCAAACAAGGCCGGAUUUCAUAUAAACAAGACGGACUUCAUAUAAACAAGACGGAUUUCGUUACAUUUACAUCAAAAUGGUGAUGUCCGGCUCUGGAGGUAUAGUUAAUACCUAAUCUAAAUGGUCGUCGGCGCCCGUUCCCCGUGUACGGCCAUCGGGUCUGAGAAGUGAAGCUUCACCGUCUCCACUUCCGCCUCGGCGCUCUCGAGCUCCGCCUCCGGAGGCCCGCGAAGUGAAGUUGUCCGCCUCCACAUCGCCGCCAAGCGACUAACCGGUCGAAGAUGUUGAGCCCACCAAACUUGGCGUCGACGGGAGGGGAGGAGCGGUGGCCUUCCCAGGACACUGUCGGCGGUGACCUACCAUGCACUGCUCUUCCUCGCCGCCGGCGGUGCCCGCGGAUGUGUCGGCUUCGUGGUCGUUGCGGCGGGGCGCAGACUCGGCGAUGUCCUCUUCCUCCUCCUCGGUCCCGCCGAACACCGCCUCGCCCGCAUCGUCACUCUUCUUGUAGGCGGACGCCACCUUCGCCAUCCGUUGGCGCUUCACCAUCUCCACUUCCGCCUCGGCGCUCUCCAUCUCCGCCUCCGGAGGCCUGCGAAGUGAAGCUGUCCGCAUCAACAUCACCGCCAAGCGACUAAUCGGCCGAAUAUGUUGAGCCCACCAAGCUUGGUGUCGCCGGGAGGGAAGGAGUGGUGGCCUUCCUGGGACACGAUCGGCCGCGACC